AUGAGUGGUAUCCUUGUUUCAAUGGCUUGGCAAAAAGCAUUGAUGGUGAAGGAUGGGAAGUCGAAAAGCAUGGAGAUGUUUGACGGUGAAUCUAGGCAGCUUCCCUAUCAUUUUACAAUCACCUCUAAUUUUGUGCAGGUCAAAGAAGCUUCAUAUACAAGACUCUGCAGUACCAAGGAUAUUUUGACAGUAAAUGGUCUAUUUCCAGGACCAACCUUACACCUUCGUCAGGGAGAUACCGCCUUUGUUCAUGUCCAUAACAAAGGAAAAGAAAACUUCACUAUUCACUGGCAUGGAAUUUUACAGCCAAUGUAUCCAUGGUCCGAUGGUCCAGAGUUCAUAACUCAGUGCCCUAUCAUGCCAGGAAACUCUUUUAUCCAAAAAGUCAUAAUCACAGAAGAGAUUGGAACUUUGUGGUGGCAUGGUCAUAGUGACUGGUCUCGAGCGACAGUUCAUGGCGCAAUCAUUAUUUACCCCAAAAGGGGAGAUAGAUACCCGUUUCCUAAGCCUGAUGCAGAAAUUCCCAUCAUAUUAGGAGAAUGGUGGAAGAGAAAUAUAACAGAUGUGGUGGAAGAGUUUUUACAUAGUGGGGGAGACCCUGCGCGGUCUGAUGCUUUCAUGAUAAACAGCCAUCCUGGCGAUUUUAAUUCAUGUUCAGUAAUACCAGAUACAUUCAAGUUGAAUGUGACUUCUGGAAGAACUUAUUUGCUCCGGAUGGUCAAUGCUUUGUGGGAACAGAUGGAAGCUACACAAAGCAAUUAA